AUGGACGUCUUCAGCCUCGCUCUCAACAAUGGACACACGGUGUCAGGACUCGUUUGCAUCCCACCGUCAACACCAGCGACGCCGAGGCAGAAGCCGCUCAUCGUUGCCCUGCAUGGCGGUACCAUGACAUCGGCAUACUUCGAUGCCACACCAAGCACCUCAGCAGCUGGCACCGCAGUCGCGUUAGGCUUGCCAUUCAUCGCCAUCGACCGACCAGGCUACGUCAAAAGCACCCCGAUCUUACCACAACAGCCUCAAGACAAUGACACCUACUUCCAAGCAGAAGGACGCUACUUGCAUCAACACAUCCUCCCAGCGAUCUGGGAGCAAUACGCGAAGCCUACCAACGCGACAUGCCUCGUCCUUCUCGGACAUUCUAUGGGCUGCGCAAGCACGAUCGUGGCCGCUGGCUUGGCCGCACUCGAACCAACUAGUUCAUAUGUGCUCGGCGGAAUCAUCAUCACCGGUUGGGGUACCGCACCGAGCGCGCCACCAGAACAUGGUCAAGCGAUGCUAGCAGGCAAAACUUGGACCGAUCAUAUAGCCUUUCCAGACAUGUCCAUCUUCGGCGUUGCGCUGUAUGGUCCCAAAGAGCAGAAUUUAGUGCCAGAAGACGUCCGCGGCCACACUUCACUCGGCAUGGCAGGCUGCUCGUAUGGAGAAGCUGCAGAUGGCAUGUUGGAGUGGCCCAAGUACUGGAGGCCCAGAUAUGCGAGCAAGAUAGCGGUACCGGUAUUUCAUGCGAUGGGCGGCGCUGACGGACUAUGGAACGUGAACGAGCAAGUCAUGAGGGAUUUCACCAGCGCGUUCGAACGAGCAAAGCGGGUGGAGAGCAGGAUAUUCGAGGAUGCGCCCCAUUGUUUGGAGGUCUCUUUGUGGAGCAGAGUGUGGUACUUGAAGUGUUUUGCGUUCGCUAGCGAAUGUGCGAUGGAGGUCUGA